CUACGCCACAAACAAACAAAAGAAAUCCCAAUUGUUAUUCUAUUUCUUCAAAUUUUUUUUUGUUACACCUUAUAUACGUACAUACAUAAUUUUUUUGUUGUUGUGUCGACGCAUUGUUUUCUGUGAUAAGCUGUCAAUGCUCUCAGCAUAAAUUGUCAAAAAAAGGAGAAAAAAAAAACAAACAAAAGAAAAUUACAACAAGCGCAAAAGGAACUACAACAACAACAACAACAACACGCAGAAGAUCAUUCCACACACGCUACGUGACUGCUGCCGACGUCGCUGCCGCUGCCGCUGCUGCUGCUGCUGCUGUCUCCUUACAUAGAUUCGUGACGUUUCUGCCCAGCUGAUAAGAAAGGCGGCCGCCACAUUGCUUGUUUUUGUUUUGUUUGUGCGCCGUUUUGGUUACGUUUAUUCUUUCGUCGUCGUCGUUGUUGUUGUUGUUGUGUGUUUUGCUUCACAUUUCGCACGCGUCGCCUACUUGCUCGCUCUCUCUCUAUCGCUCUCUUUGAGCUGUGCUUUUUUGAGAGCUCUGAACUGUGUUGGUUUAUCGGCAGCGACGCGUCGCCGCAGCAACUUAGCUCGCAUUGCUCUUUGGCACUUUUGGCUAACCAGUCGCAGUCGCAGUCACAGUCGCAGCAGCCAGCAGACGAAAAUGCCGCUAACACAAAAACAACAACAACCAUCGUCAUCAUCCACACAUUCCAAGCCGAACACUAACAAUAACGGGACACGCGAACGUGAACGCGAACGCGAACGAACACAAACGAUUGGCGAAACGGACAUGGAUCAGUCAGUGUUGAAUGGGCUUCAUUUGGGGGAUGGCAGCAGCAGCUAUCACGGUCACAAGCGUGAACAGGGACACAGAGUUUUUGUGAACCGUUCGCUGCAUUUGGAGAACAUUAAGUACUAUGGCUUCGACAUGGACUAUACAUUGGCAGAGUACAAAUCUCCGCAAUAUGAGCAGCUGGGAUUCAAUUUGGUCAAGGAGCGUCUGGUGUCGAUGGGAUAUCCCAAGGAGAUUUUGCAAUUUGAAUACGAUCCAACAUUUCCAGUGCGCGGCCUUUGGUUCGACACGCUCUACGGCAAUCUGCUGAAGGUCGAUGCCUAUGGCAACAUUUUGGUCUGUGUGCAUGGCUUUGAGUUCAUCAAGCAUCACCAGGUGUACGAGUUGUAUCCGAACAAGUUUUUAAAGCUGGAUGAGUCGCGUGUUUAUGUGCUCAAUACGCUAUUCAAUUUGCCAGAGACAUAUUUGUUGGCCUGUCUUGUCGAUUUCUUUAACCAUAGCUCUGAAUUUGUGCGCGUUGAACGCGGCAUCAAAGCUGGUGAUUUUCUUUUUACCUAUAAGUCGAUUUUCCAGGACGUGCGUCGUGCCGUCGACUGGGUGCAUUCCGAUGGCGAUCUGAAGCGUCGUACCACACAGAACAUGGCGUACUAUGUGAAGAAGGAUGCUCGCUUGCCCACAGUGCUGUCGCGCAUCCGCGUCUCGGGUGCCAAGGUGUUCAUGCUAACGAACAGCGAUUAUACGUACACCAACGAGAUCAUGACCUAUCUGUUUGACUUUCCCCAUGGCGCCGAUGUGAAUGAACCGCAUCGCGACUGGAAGACCUACUUCGAUGUGAUCGUGGUGGAUGCGAGGAAGCCGCUGUUCUUCGACGAGGGAACCGUGCUGCGACAGGUGGACACAAAGACGGGCAGCCUGAAGAUUGGCACACACAUUGGGCCACUGCAGCCGGGGCAAGUGUAUUCGGGGGGUUCGUGCGAACUCUUCACCAAAUUCAUCAAUGCCAAGGGCAAGGAUGUGCUCUAUGUGGGCGAUCACAUCUUUGGCGACAUACUCAAAUCGAAGAAGAUACGCGGCUGGCGCACGUUCCUCAUUGUGCCCGAGCUCGUGCGGGAGUUGCACGUGUGGACCGACGAGUGUCAAUUGUUUGCUCAACUCCAGAAUUUGGACAUUAAUCUGGGUGAUUUGUAUCGCGAUCUGGACUCGAGUGCCAAGGUUAAGCCGGACAUAUCGCAUCUGCGCACCAGCAUACGCGAUGUCACACACAAAAUGGACAUGUCCUAUGGCAUGAUGGGUUCACUCUUCCGCUCGGGAUCGCGACAAACGUUCUUCUCCAGCCAAGUGGUGCGAUAUGCCGAUGUGUAUGCCGCCACGCUGCUCAAUCUCAUCUAUUACCCCUUCUCGUACAUGUUCCGAGCACCGGCGAUGCUGCUGCCACACGAGUCGACGGUGGCUCACGAUCAGGUGCAUCAGCCGCCGCCACCGCCGCCAUCCUCGUCCAGCACAACACUCGAGGAUGCGAGCAGCAGCAGCAGCAGCAAGAACACUGGCUCAACUUCCGGUUCUGGUUCCGGUUCCGGUUCUGGCUCCGUUUCCGGCUCUGUUUCCGGCACCACUGUGCGUGCAGAUGAAUCACAGAAUGGCAGCAACAAUUCGCCCGUCAAGGAUCCCAAGGAUCUGCAUCGUGCCAGCUCCAUUGUGCACACACGCCCAUCGACGCCCACUGUGGUCACCCACACACACGACGAGGACUAUUCCGAGGAGGAGGAGACUGCCAGUGGCGCUGAGUCGACGACAGAGCAGCAGAAACGCAACGAAGCCUCCGACUAAAGCAGCGCUGCCUCUUCUUCUUCUUCUACUACUACUCUCCUUCACCAUCUCUUCCCUAUUUUUCAACGAAUUUUCAUUGCUGUUUCUAUCGCUCCGUUCUACAAACAAACAACAAAAGGAUCAUGUUGCAACUUUCCGUUUUACAACAUGUUGCAACUAGUGAGAAACGUGCGAUUUCAUUUAUUUUUUUGGCGAUUUUACAUACAACAAAAAUUAUAUAUAUAUAUAUAUUAAAAUAAAUAUAUACAUACAUACACAAUUAUA